GGCGCGGGGAGCCGAGUGGGAGGUGUUUUAGAGGAAUAAUAAACAGAGCUGGGGUAGUAAGGACAGGGUUAUAAUCAGGAGAUGGGGGUUUAUAAUGAGGAUAUUGGGGUUAAUAAUGAGGAUAUGGGGGUUUAUUAGUGUUUAUUAGAGCAGGUUUAGUGUCGGGGGCGGGUGGCGGAGAUGAGCGCGGUGCUGUCUCUGCGGGUGAGCGUGUUCUCGGAGCAGGGCGGGAGGAAGUAUAUGGAGGAUGUUACGGAGGUGACGGUGGAAGACGAGCCGACCGAGGGUCCAAAACCCGCGGACCCGGAGCCUCUGAGCCCCCGAGCCGAGCCCGUCGCGCUGACCUGGACUGAGGGUCUGCAGGGGGGUCAGGCUGGGGGUCUCUCCGCCCCCGCGGGCAGGAGGUCCGUGGCGUUUUUCGCCGUGUUUGAUGGACACGGGGGGAGAGAGGCUGCCCACUUCGCCCGGGACCACCUGUGGGACUUCCUGAAGAAGCAGAGGGGAUUCUGGUCCAGAGAUUACCGCAAAGUCUGUGAUGCCAUCAGAAAAGGCUUCAUAGCCUGUCACAGAGCCAUGUGGAAGAAACUGCCGGAGUGGCCUAAGACCCUGACCGGCCUUCCCAGUACAUCAGGCACCACGGCCAGUGUGGUGGUUAUCCGCAGGGACCGCAUGUUUGUAGCCCACGUCGGGGAUUCAUCAGUGGUGCUGGGGAUUCGGGAGGAGCCCACUGAUAAGGUCAUCAAAGCUGUGGAGGUCACACAGGAUCACAAACCUGAACUUCCAAAAGAGAAACAACGAAUUGAAAGACUGGGAGGAAGUGUAAUAAAGAAGUCAGGAGUGAACCGUGUGGUCUGGAAGAGGCCUAGGCUCACACAUAACGGGCCAGUCAGGAGGAGCACGCCCAUUGACCAGAUUCCGUUCCUUGCUGUAGCCAGAGCACUAGGUGACCUGUGGAGCUAUGAUUUCUACAGUGGAGAGUUUGUUGUAUCUCCAGAGCCGGAUACAAGUGUAAUGACCCUUGACCCACAGCGACACCGCUAUAUUAUAGUAGGGAGUGAUGGAUUGUGGAACAUGGUGCCUCCUCAGGAGGCUGUAACAGUGUGUCAAAGCCAUGAUGAAGCUCUGGCUCCCUUCGACAUGUCAGUUGCACGGAGAUUAGGCUGCCAUGCUCUGAUGCGAUGGCGGCAGCGAAUGCUGCGGGCUGACAACACCAGUGUCAUCGUCAUUGCUUUGCCUGAACCAGGCAAACCACAGGUUCCCAUACACCGCGAUGAGGUCAUUCUCACACUGGCAGAGGGAUCGUACUGUGACCUGCCACCAGCCUCCCGUUCCAACACACCACUUAUUAAGACUCCUCAUCCAGACCUCUCCUCUCCUACCAGUGAGACUCUACCGGCUGUGGAGCAGAGAAAUGGUCUGUUAGGACCAGGAUCAGAAACCAGCACAGAGCAGGACGUCUCCCAGACUAAUAUCCUGAAACGAGACUUGUCUAAGUGCUUAAAUGAGGGCAACCCUGUAGGGACUCGCAGUGAACCUCUGACCUUUACUCCAGAUGUGACCAGUCCAGCAGGGAAACGGCCCAGGCGGACUCCCUUCAGCACCAGCAGCUCUCGAGGCCACAGGAUCACCGAUCAUCCUCCUCCCAAGCGGAACAGUGCGAGGACCCUCAAACGGACCCCCAACGUCCCGAUGUUACAGCACCGUAAGGCUGCCCUGUGUGCAUGCUGAGAUACAGACGCUACAAAUGACUGUCCUCUUGAAGAAUUGCACUAAAAAAAAGAGAGAUAACAUGAGAAACUCAUGGUAAAGCAUAUCAACUCUUGUAUUGAUUGCUGUCAGUUUGCAUGGUCGUAUAUGGAAAUGGAAAGUAUCGUGUGUGUUGAUGUGUUGAGGGUGUGCCAGUGUCAGUUUGGAUUAUAUAGCUAUGAAUUAUAUUAUAUAGUAGUAUUAGAUGUGAUUUUGCUUUGUGUGUUUUGUAUGUAAAGGAGUAUGGAUGUUCGAAAUUGUGUAAAUGUCUUAAACUUCCUUAAAUUAAAAAUUUCAGAGAAAGU